CAGUGAGCGCUGGGACUCACACGGGCAGUCAUGUGACGGUAAUAUAGUACAACUCAGUGAGCGCCCCGUCCAGUGUGAGCACUGCUACUGCUGCUGCAUGGAGAGUCUCAAGGGCAAGUCCUGCUCUGUUCACAGACUGCCCCGUCGAAUGCGACAGAGAAAACCAUUCCUACCCGCGCACAUUGCACUGUGAUUAUAUUUAAUGUGAGUGAACAAGACAUACUGUAUCCUGACUGGUGACCUUGGAUUGUUCCCCCAACGCUUACCUUUUUCAUGCUAGGUUUUUCACUAUCUCACCCAAGUGGGAAGUGUGUCCUCGGUGACCUGGGUUAAUUUGGUCUAACUUUUCAACAAAACACAAGGAAUACUUACGUUUUCUAAACAUAGACUGCAGAGUCCAGCAGGAGACAGUGGUUUGGCAGUAGCGAGGGAUGGUGGAUCACUCCCCACAGAGAGAGGAGACUUUUCUUCCUUAUAGUGGAUCUCAAAUAGACUACCAGCUGUCUGACAUGGUCACAGACCCCAGUUCCUACCAGGGGAUGGCGUCAUCAUUUUCAGAGGAUGACAUGAGUGAGUCGUCCAGCCCUCGUUCCUGCUCCAGCCCGGACUCCCAGGUGCUCAGCUCCAGCUAUGGCAGCAACUCAAGUGCUGAAAGCCAGGACAGUGUCUUGGACCACUUUCUGUCUCAGGCCUCCUUAGGAUGUGUUCCAACUGGAUCUGUGGCACCUAUACCACUGUCCACUUUCUUGUGGGACUCACAGAGAGAUGAGCCCUCAAAAUGUGAGGCUAUAAAAGAAGAACAUUUUGACUUCCUUUCCUGGUCCCAUGUGGAGAGAGAGGAACAACUUGGAGGUUCCUUCCAGCCCACAUUGGAGGAAAUUGAAGAAUUUCUGGAGGAGAAUAUGGAGGUGGUGAAAAUGAAGCAGGAGAUCCAAGGCGGUUGCAUUGGUUUAGGAGGGGAACGGGAGGAGGCUCUUGGUCUAGAAGAUGGUGUGGAGUGGUGCAGGGAAGCCUCCCCUGAGCCUAAGCUGGAGCCAGAGGCCAAAUAUACAGACAAAACUGUGCCCAGUACUACUACUCUUGCCACUGCUGCAUCCGGUGAGACUAAAACCACAUCAAUUAAUCCCACACGUGAAUCUAGCACAGGGACCAAAAAGGUGGCAACAGACAAAGCUUCAUCAGCAGGUAGUGGCAUGAAUGGCAAUGAGAUACCGGUCAUCUUACAAAUUCAGCCCAUUCAGAUCAAGCAGGAGCCCACUGUAGCACCACUUACCCCACUAGUCCAGCCUCCACAGCCUGCCCCAGCUUCAGACCUCAAAAUUGCACAGUUACUGGUCAACAUUCAAGGUCAGACCUUUGCUCUGGUGCCCCACAUCUUGCCAUCCCCCAGCCUGAAUGCCUCCUCUAAGUUUGUAAGAAUUGCUCCAGUCCCCAUUGCAGCCAAGCCUCUUGGGCUUGCAGUUAGUUCUGCAAACCAGGAGUCGGGGAUUCUUGUUGGAGGUCAGAAGUUCCAAAAGAACUCAGUGGCGGAUCUCAUCAAAAUGCACAAAUGCACUUUUCCUGGUUGCACCAAGAUGUACACCAAGAGCAGCCAUCUGAAGGCCCACCUGAGGAGGCACACAGGGGAGAAACCAUUUGCCUGCAACUGGCAAGGCUGCGGAUGGAGGUUCUCGCGGUCAGAUGAGCUGUCCCGUCACAGGAGAUCCCAUUUGGGUGUCAAGCCCUACCAGUGUCCUGUAUGUGAGAAGAAGUUUGCCCGUAGUGACCACCUUUCCAAACACAUCAAAGUGCACCGUUUUCCGCGAAGCAGCCGGACAGUUCGCUCAGUAAACUGAACUUUUUCAAAAUCACAGGGAUUACUGGGAUCACCCUCAUACAAACAGCAGUUACUGGAGCAGAGUUUGAGUGUAUGGGUGUGUGCACACCAUAUUUUUUGCGACAUCAGCAAUUGCUGUGAACAUGUGAGUGGAAAUAUCCCCUGCUUUAUGUCUCACAGUCUGUGACUCUUCUAAUUUAUUGUGAAAAACAAACCGCCAGUGACUAUCCCUUUUUGACUGCAGCUGAAUGGUUGUUGGUGCUUUUGAUUAUGUUGUGUUUCUUCUAUGUUUGUUCUAUCCUUACCUCCUGCCUCAGCAGGAGAUAUUCAGUCUGGAUUAUGUGAAGUCUUUGGUAUCUUUGUGUGUUUAUUUACCUGGAUAACAACUGACUUUUAUUGUCCUGAAAGCUGCUGCUGUCUGUCCUCAUUGUAUGCAGUGCUUUGGAAUUUCAUUUGGAACCCCUAUCAGCUGCUACCAGAGUAGUGGAUACUCUUCCUCAGGCCAGCAAAGGUUUCAUUGGUGGUUUUGUCCUUGGUUUUGCUGCUGUGUGCCAUUGUUCACUGACAGAAAAUAUCUUUGUCAUUCAACUUGGCGUUCUUUCCUGGACAUGAACUACUGAUUGCACAACAAAGUUAAGAGAAUUUGCACAAUAAGUCUCACAUUUUACAGAAACUCAGCAAACCAGACAUAAAAGAGAAGAGAUGGACGGAGUGACACAAGAAAUGCAAAAGUGAAAUAUAAUGGUUAAGCACACAGUGAUUCUUAAAUUAGCCUUCUGAUCAGUGUUUCAUGUUCUUUGUUAUUUCGUUGAGCUAAGAUAGAUGUGCUAGGCCUUACUGCACCACAAAAACCUUACUAGAGAGCCAAACUGUUCAUAAUAUGGCCCUGUCAUUUAGCACAUAGCCAUAGACCUGAAUGUUUCCAUCCACUAUUAUUAUUAUUUGAUCUAUUGUUUUUGCGCAACACAAAACCUGCCUCAAUUCUGCUUUAUCUGUUACUGGAAACACCCUGACAGCCUUCCACCUUGGCCAGCCACGUUAUUUUGAUGUGAUACCAAUGAAUAAUACACUAUACAUCAUGGUGCUGAACGACCAAGAGGAUGAUGCUUCUGGAAAAUAUAGUUUCAAUACCCUUUGAGGCCAUGACAAACUUUCGAAUGUACUAAUUGCUCUUAAAUAUUGUUUGCUAAGUGUGUAGCGCCCUGCCGAGAGAGUGCAGGAGUGUGAUUAUGCCGUCCUUCUAAAAAGCAUCAGCAAGCAGGGGCAGGGGUAUGCAAUACUGUAUCAUUCCCUUCAUUCAAUUUUUGAAUUUUUAAUGCUUGUGUGAAAACAAGUGUUUUAUUGCAUCCUAAGAAUGUAUGUAAAUAUGCAGGAGUGUACAUUGCUACUUCCGAAAAAUACACAGUCUAUUCUGAUGCUGUCCAAAAACAAAUCAGUGGUUGUGAAGAUUUCUAGUGCUAAAUGUGUACAUAAAUGAAUGUUUCAGUACAUAUGGAUAUAUGAUAUAUAUAUAUUUUUUCUUUAUUCUAUUCAAGAUUCAUUUACAAAUAAAACUGAAAAAGUAACACACA